CAGCGGAAAGCCUGCUUGCUAGCUGGCUACAUUUCUAAAAUUAAGUCAUCCACAUAGAAAGCAGCAGCUAGGUCUUUUUCGGUUUUGCCUCCAGCCUUCCUAUUUCCUGCUCGGGUCACAUGAUUGGAUGUGCUUCAGUAUGCUCGCUUCACUUGAAGAGGUCUUCCAGUAAAUCAGGUAUCGUUUAUGUAGCUGAAGUAACGUUAGACUAGCUAGAUAUCAUUUUGGAUUGUAGUGAGCUAACGUUAAUCAGCAAGGAAAUUAACUGGCUAGCCAACUGACAGGCUCGCGAAAGGAGCAGGAUGGGAAAGGGAGUAAAUUCCUGAGAAGUUUAGCUUGAUUUCUGGGACCAAGGAGGGAGCUGAGUUGAACGGAACGCUACGACUGAAACAAAUAAGAUUUGGCCAGGGAAGAGUUUGUUGUCCUCAGGAACUUGACACGUAAAACUUUGAUGUAAACAGACCAGGGUACUGUUUUUCACUGGAUUGGAUCACUUCAGCGGGUGAAGAUUGAUUCCGUUAUGACAAGGUGCUGGGCAGAAGAUGUCCGCGUUGUCUGUGACGAAUGUCACUGAUGUUGGUCAUGGUGAAGUGUUUGGCGCGGCAUCAGAACUGCAGCUGGACGGGAAGGUGCAGGACCCAGACGGCCCGAUGGUGACGGACCGCUCCCGGGCCGGGCCAUCGCCCCUCCCCCACCUCGCCGGCUGCUCGGGCCUGCAGAACGGCACCCCGCUGGGGGACCCCUCGGCCCCCGUCCCGGGCUGCCCCCUCUCCGUAGACUCCAGCGACAUCAAGGUGGACAUGACGGGCGACACGCUACCCAGCAACUCCGAGGCUCAGCCAGUGAAGCGGAAGAAGGGCCCGGCCCCCAAGAUGCUGGGGAACGAGGUGUGCAGCGUGUGCGGGGACAAGGCCUCGGGCUUCCACUACAACGUGCUGAGCUGCGAGGGCUGCAAGGGCUUCUUCCGGCGCAGCGUGAUCAAGAGCGCGCAGUACGCCUGCAAGAGCAGCGGGUCCUGUGAGAUGGACAUGUACAUGCGCCGCAAGUGCCAGGAGUGCCGUCUGCGCAAGUGCCGCGAGGCCGGCAUGCUGGAGCAGUGUGUCCUGUCUGAAGAGCAGAUCCGGCUGAAGAAGAUGAAGAAGCAGCAUGAGGAUGACUCGGCGCGCACCUCCAGCGUGCCCCCGGACCCCGUCCCCGGGGUGGAGCCCCCGCCACUGGCCCCCGAGCAGCUCCAGAUGAUCGAGAAGCUGGUGGCCAUGCAGAAGCAGUGCAACAAGAGGUCCUUCAUCGACCGGCCCAAAGUCACCCCUUGGCCGCAGAGCCAGGAUCCGCUGAACCGCGAGGUCCGGCAGCAGCGCUUCGCCCAUUUCACGGAGCUGGCCAUCAUGUCCGUUCAGGAGAUCGUGGACUUCGCCAAGCAGCUGCCGGGCUUCCUGGAGCUGACGCGGGAGGAUCAGAUCGCCCUGCUCAAGACGUCCACCAUCGAGAUCAUGCUUUUGGAGACAUCUCGGAGAUACAACCCUGCUAUUGAGAGUAUCACCUUUUUGAAAGACUUCAGUUACAACAAGGAGGACUUUGCAAAAGCAGGGCUUCAGCUGGAGUUCAUCAACCCCAUCUUUGAGUUCUCCAAGGGCAUGAACGAUCUGAACCUGGAUGAGGCAGAAUAUGCGCUGCUCAUCGCCAUCAACAUCUUCUCUGCAGACCGUCCGAAUGUGCAAGAUCAUGAUUUAGUGGAGAGACUGCAGCAGCCGUAUGUGGAUGCGCUUAACUCCUACAUCAGGAUAAAACGACCGAACGACCACCUGAUGUUCCCGCGCAUGCUGAUGAAGCUGGUGAGCCUGCGCACCCUCAGCAGUGUGCACUCCGAGCAGGUCUUCGCCCUGCGCCUCCAGGACAAGAAGCUUCCACCCUUACUGUCUGAGAUCUGGGACGUGCACGAGUGACCUGGCCCUCCCAGCCCCCCACGCCCUCCCCUCUCAGACGCCCCCCCCCCCCCCCCCCCCUCAGACGGCCCACGCCCUCCCUCUGCCCCUCCCAGCCCGUGGAGCGGCCGGACCCCGUGCUGAGGGCACGGCACUGCACGGACCCACACCACCCCAUUUCCCGGGACGGUGUCCUGUGAUGAGCGCAGGAGUGGGACAGGAGGUGACCCGCGGGUGGCCAGGGCGGCGGUGAUGGGGGGCCGCGGGGCUGUGCCGUCUGGUCAACGACUCGCAGAGGGGCGCUUCCUUUGUGCUGCCAAGACGCUCCUCAGACCGUGGAUGCAGAGGGAAGGGCUUCCGUGGGUUUGAACGUUGCUGCGAUCGGACAUGGUUGCGAUCGGACGUUGCUGCGAUCGGACGUUGCUGCGAUCGGACGUUGCUGCGAUUGGACGUGGUCUCUAGCUCUUCCCCUGCCCAGGAGGUGGAGUUUUACUCACAGACUGGCCUCUAAUGGCAAAUCACAUUUAUUUUCAUUCUGUUGAAAUGUAACAACUUAGAAACCUUUUGACUGGCCUCAAUGAUGGUUUCCAACCUCCAAACCAUAUCAGUGGUGAUGAUAGACAGGUAACAAGUUUUGGGGUUUAACCAGUAGUUCCAAUGUAAGGGCAGGCUUCUAACACACACCGACACCAUUUAACAUGCAGUCAAGUAUUGAAGUCCACAUUUCAUACUGGCAUAUCACUUGUUACCAGUGAUGUCUUGCCGCAUUCAUUGAUCACCACUCUACUACAGUUAACCAUUUAAAUUAAACAUGGACAUAUAAUAUAGUGACUAGAACAGGAAGCCAACGAGUAAAUUAAUUCAAGUAAACUUACUUGGGGCAUCAGAUAAUUCACAAAUAGUCAUUAAUUGGCAGAUGUUUGUCUUUGAUGAGCUUCUCGAUGCUUAAUGGAGAAUGUGCAGCGACUUCCUGUGUGAUCCAAGUCAAGAUUAAAUGUAUUAAAUUUACUUAAUGCCAAUAAUUCACCAGUUGACAUUUUCUCUCUCCAAAGGCUUUGGAAGUCUUUGUAUAGAUGCAAGGAAACAAGACAUGAUAGCAGGGAGAUAUAUUGCAAGCCUUCAAUGACUAAAGCACGAUGCAUUCGAUUUUCCAAAUACUCCCAAAGGCUGCAGAGGGUUGAAUCUACAGUCAAUUUUUUGCACUGUAUGUCCCACCUUUGUGACAUUGAAAGUGUUGCAGGUUUGAGACCGAUCUCACUCGAUAACAGUAAUGUUAAUGACAUGUUAAUAAGGGAUGAGCAUCUAGGGAACAGUAGGUAUAACCGUUUACAUUUGGCUGUGGCCAAAAUUUAUCAAUGCAAAUUAACAAUAUGGAUGGAAUUUCAUGUAAAAUCAUUGCUGUUUUAUGCCUAUUUUCUAGAAGGAAAAAAAAAAUCUACAACAGUUCACAAAAAGUCAUAACUACUAAGAUUUAUAUAAUUGGGUGCAGAAAGAAAAGUUAUUUGCAAAGGCUGAUUCACAUGGUAGACAAGAGAACUGGGUAGGCAAGGAACACCCAAUGGGUUAAUUAAAGGAUUUUCACAGACUGCCAUUGACCACUGAAUACUGACCACAUCACAUCUACUUCUACAACCAGCAUCACCAAGAGUGGUGGGUAUUCUGCAAUGUGACGCACAAUUUUAGGUACUGUACUCUCCGCUACCAUUGUUGUCGUGGCUGUUUGUUUGCUGUAAGUCUACAUCGAGAAAAAUCCAGUAAGAUUGUGGGAGGAAGAGGAUGGUCAUUAAGUGGACCUCUGAUUUAUAUUAUCUGGUCUUGAAUGUAUUUGGAAUAUGACCACAGCAGGGCCAGUGGUGCGUUUUGUACACAUGCCUACACUUAUUUUGGACCUUCGUUGCAGAUGCAGGUCUCGUCAAAGUUUUUGUGUGAAGAUUUAACCCAGAAUAAAUGUGGAAGGUCAUCCAUUUUAAUGACUAUAAUUUGCUUAAUUACAUUAAUUGACCAUGUGUGUUAUGAUUUUUGUUUCUGAUUUCAUUGAAAUAUUGUAACUUGUAUUAAAGUUAUCUUUGCGAGUGGGCUGUAUGGAUACAUUUGCAUAACUACAUACUAGCAUACUAGUAUUUCUUUCCAACACUGAGGAACAUUAACAAUUAUUCAGAAAAUAAACCCCAGAACGUGGCUAUUCACUUGCCAGCCAUUAGCAAUUACCUUGCAGUUAUUUUUUAAGGGAGUCUACUAUAAUCUCUCCCUCAGUCCUAACUAUGAAAUAUGAAAAUACUUGCUAUUUGCUAUAAAUAUUUUGAAAUGCUAGACUGAAACUGUACUAUAUAAAUGACCCUAUGGUGUUCUAAUGGUUUUUUUUUAGUCUCCAUUUUAAUUGAUUCUUACAGUCUCCUCCUGGUGAAUGGCUAUAAAUGUUCAAAUAGAAAAACAUUUUUAAUGUUUAAAUGCCUUAAAUCCUUGUAUGUUCUGCUUUAUAUGUAUAAAGUAUAUGCUGACAAAAUAUAUAGUUCCACCAAAAUGCAGCCUAUAUUCGUUAUUGCUUUACUUUAGUACAGUCCAAACCUAAUCUUUGCACAGAUCUUGUUGAACUAACGUGUUAAACCACUUGUAAAAUGUUUUCUGACUCAAAGGUGAUUUUGAGGAAGUGAUAAAUGAUCUAGCUUUAUAAAUAAAAUGUUUAAUUUUCUCUG